CUUUAUACUAUCUUAUAGAAUUAUUAGUUAUUAUUAUUACAAUUAUUUUAACUAAGAACUGUAUAAAAUGCCUCUUCAGUUCUCUCUCUUCUUGAUUCUCUUUCACAAGCUUUAUCUUUCAUCUUCAUGUUUCUCUCUAUAUUUCUUCUAUCACUUUUUAUCUCAUAAGACUAGUUGAAAUCACUACUUUUUAAAAGAACAAUGCAUCUCUCUUCUGUAUUCAUUGGUGCUCUCACUGCACUCAUCUCUGUUGUUCAUGCAGAGAGUGUGAUUGCAAAGAGAGCAGACUUGGGCAGUGCUUUUGUAUUUGUUUAUUGCAAUUUCAGCGUCGCUCUCGAUAUUCAGGCUGGCGAAACUAGCACCCGGAAAAUCCUUGACGGCCGAUCUUAUGAUUACCACAAUGAGAAAUAUAGAGGCGGCAGCGGCGAUGGCGUCAGUUUAACACUACAUCACACCGAUGGUCCGGACAGUUCCAAUUCAGAAACAACGUUCCGCUAUAAAUUAGCCGACGAUAAUUCGACUGUCGAGUACAGUUUGGGGAAUUCAGGUGGUAACCCAUUUGCAGGCCAUAAAAUCACUCUCAAGUCCUCGGGUGACGGUUGCCCCAGUAUUGAAUGGCCGGAAGGCAUUCCGACAGGCGUAAGCAGUGGCUCCUGCGGAUCUAGCGAUAAUUCGAUUUUGACGUUGUGCCCACCGGGAACGUCUCUGGAUGAUUUUGAGGAUGAGUAAAAUUAAAAUGAAAAUGAAACCUUUUUGUUUCAUGAUUAGACAUAGUCACCUGUCAACUUCUCUUAACAUUAGUUGAAUUUCUCAAUGUGAGAUUAUGAAGAGAUCAGGCAAUCAGUGACAUAAUUUAAGUUAGAGCUCAUGCUAAUAAGCAUUAAAACAUUGUUUGAGAUAUUUUAUCAAUGUAUUUAAUUAUUAAAGACAGAUGUUAAUUUUCUCUCUUCUAUCUUUAUUAAUUUUUUUUUUCAUUAACUCUUAUUCUCUUAUUUUAUAUAUAAAGUAUGCCUCUGUAUUAUGAUAACAUUCAAUAAACUCUAAAAUAUUAUGAAUUUAUUUAAAUACUUAGAUAAUUGCAGUUGUAAAUCUCUCUUACUUUUUAAUUAAUGCUAGUUCUAAAUAUACUAGUUAAUAUUGUCUAAUAGAGAGGUAUAAUGAGUGUAAUUUAAUUAAUGAAAUAAUUAAGCUAUUUUCUCAGAAGUACUGUUAAUAAUUUCUCAUAUAUUUAAUACAGAUAAUAGAUUCACUAUCUUAUAUUUUUUACAGUAUAUAUAGUAACUGUUAACUUUUCUAUUUAUUAUUAAAUUUUCCUGUCAUCUUCUCAACCUUGUGUCUGCUUUUAGUAUAAUAGAAAGAGAGUAAAAGAGAAUAUAAAGAUAAAGUUUCAA